UUCUCUCCCUCUCUCUCUUUGUCUGUCUGUCUCUUUCUCUGGCUGUAACGACACGUAAAAUCAGGAAUUAUGGUUCGAUCGCUGUAAGUGCGAUCAAUUUCUGUACGUAUGAGCGUACAAUGUCGAUGAGUCGGAAGAAAGGACAACGAAUACAGACAGGAAGCGAGAGUGUUCGUUGUGUGUCCUCGACGAUGAUGGUCACCUAGAGAAGCGAGUACGCACGCUCGUUCACGGAGAGACAAAAAUGAGGCGCGUCAGGACGUUCGUCGGAACAAUCGACGCCGAUGUUGUUGUCGUUAACGUACCUUCACAGACGAGUACAAAGAGAAUAGAGAUGCGUGAGUGUUUCACGUUAGCCGUGUCGUCGGUAAAUUAUGCGUGUACAUAGAGGAUAGCGGAGGGGAUAGGCGAGAAGAGUGGAGACCAAGUGUCGUAGAAACUAGAAUUCGGUCGUGUGUUGUGAAAAAAAAGGGUCCGAAGUAUCACGAAGGAGAGAAGCCUGGAAUUGCCACGAAACAGCAACAAGGUCUCGUGCGUCGUAAAACUGCCUACGUAGAUCGUAGCCGAUUUCAAAAUGGGUUGUUUCGGCAGCAAAGAUAAGUUGAGCAAAGAGGAUAUGGAUUUCCUUAAAUCACACACAAGAUACGAUGAAGCAACUAUAAAAGAAUGGUACAAAGGAUUCAAACAAGAUUGCCCAAAUGGUAGAUUAACGCCAGCAAAAUUUGUCGACAUGUACAAAAUGUUCUUCCCAUCUGGCAAUGCGGAAGAAUUCUGCGACCAUGUUUUCCGUACAUUCGAUAUGGACAAAAAUGGCUACAUCGAUUUUAAGGAAUUUCUAUUGGCCAUCGAUGUAACGUCUAGCGGGACGCCAGAAGAAAAACUAAAGUGGGCUUUCCGGAUGUAUGACGUUGAUGGAAAUGGCGUCAUUGAUAUUCAAGAAAUGACUAAGAUCGUUCAGGCAAUAUACGACAUGCUCGGUGCAUGCUCGAGCAACAGACCAGCAGACAGUGCAGAAGAGAGAGCGAAAAACAUAUUUGCAAGAAUGGAUGAAAAUAAUGACGGUCAACUUACCGAGGAGGAAUUUUUGAAAGGUUGCCUUCAAGACGAAGAGCUUUCAAAAAUGCUGGCCCCUUAAUUCCCGUGUUUUGUUUCGGGAUCGAUUAUUAAUAGUACACUGUUGUCAAAAAACAUUCGUAAAAUACCAACCGACCGAGCAACAGCGAUGAAAGCAAUUUCAGAUACAUCUGUCUUUCAUACGAAACGUAUUUGUUGUAGAAUUAUACAUACAUAUACAGACGCACGUAUUCGUACGCGCCCGUACACAUGCAUACACGCACAAAUACACGGACACGCGCGUGCGCGCGGAUACAUUGCAGCAUUACAAUGGUUAAUACGAAAACCUGAUAGAACACCUUUAAUUCCCAGAAUUGCAAUUGGCAAAGAACAAUAACUAAAGAAUCGUUGUCUUUCUACGUUCUAAUUUCGAGUCGAGUUACCGGAAUAAUUUCUCGAAAGAAUUCGUCGACAGAUUACUUUUUAAGGAAUCGGAUUUAAGUGCUGUGAACGCGAAAGGAGUCCACCCUUGAUCUGAAUUUACAACCGGUGAUACGAAGGAACUCAUACGUUGACUACUUGGAAAGUAUCCAGCAUUAGACAUCCAAAAAAUACCCAACUUCUCAACAAAAAAAAAA